GAGGAGCAUCGUGGACCCCCCAUCGGCCGAGACAUCAGCCAUGAUGGGCUUACAACAAGUCAGGACUGAAUCGAAACGCAACGUCAAGCCUAUCCCAGACGAUGCGGAGCUGGCAUUAGUGGCAUACAGUCUAGGGAUUGCAGCAGGGGCGUGGGCUUGGUCAAAGUAUGUCUACAGAGACCAGAAAGCGCACUCUGAAUUUUGGAGCGGCGCAUUUGCUGGCCUGGCAGGCGUCGGCCAGGGAGCCAUCCUAAACAGAAUUGCUCAGGAACUGCGGAAACAACUGUUCUGUGUGCUGCAGAUGACAGCGGGCAUAAAUAUGCAUGGAUAGACCGCCUUGGCAGCGCUGUGUACCUAGUAUAAAAUACAAAAAUAUAAGGACGCCAUGACACUGACAGGUGGUGUUGGCUUUGAGCUGCGUGUCUGGGUCCUCGGCUCUUAUCAGCAUGGGGCUGUACUUUAUUGAUUUUGUAUCAAUCGCCAAAAAUGGAACUUAUGUGGAUCAUCCACAUGAUGGUCUCCAAACGCUGCGAAAACUCCCACUACCACGCCCAAAUUUGCAAUCGCUUGUGCUGCUUUUGAACGAGAAUUAUUGAAAUGGGUUUCUUUGAAGUACUGCAAUGUUCUGAUUUAUGGGGUUUUUGGCUCUGGUGCCUAUUCCUGCCAGAAGUACCAAUUUUGUUUACGCCAGGACUGCAAGCGUUUUCAGAGCCAGAGGCAGUAUACCGGUAUUUGCCUGAGGUGACUGAGGGAGAGCUCAGUGACAGGGAAGCUGCUUACAAGCAGUUCACAGCUUCAUUACGCUUUUGAACCUGCUAUACAAAGAGGGUUAUAUGUGACACUGUAUGGGAAUGUUGCUCUUUCACCAGCAUAGCAUCAGAUUCAUAUGUGGCUAAGCACAUGUGUAGGCCCAAUCCUUGAGGUGCUGCCAUGGUUCCGGAGAAGUACAUGUAUGUGUAAGUACAUUUGAAGUG